AGCCCUCCAUCCUUCUACCAGAUAAAAGGGGAAAACUGAGCCAUGGUUUGGUCAUUCUUGUCCCCUGUUCUCCCCUCCAGGGCUCAUCUCUCUGCCUCUCUGCUGACAUGUCGUGCAACUCCUUCCAGCUGGGCUCCAUGUGUGGCAGUCGGACUUUCAGCUCCUGCUCAGCUGUCAUGCCCCGGAUAGUCACCCACUAUGAAGUGAGCAAGGGUCCAGGCCGGCCUGGGCCUGGUGGGGGCCUCCGAGUCCUGGGCUGCCUUGGCUCACGGAGCCUGUGUAACGUGGGCUUUGGGAGGCCCCGGGUUGCCUCCAGAUGUAGUCUGCCUGGCUUCGGGUACCGAGCAGGAGCCUCCUGUGGGCCUCCUGCCUGCAUCACCCCUGUCACCAUCAAUGAGAGCCUGCUGGUCCCACUGGAACUGGAGAUUGACCCAACGGUACAGAGGGUGAAAAGAGAUGAGAAGGAGCAAAUCAAGUGCCUCAAUAACCGCUUUGCAUCCUUCAUCAACAAGGUUCGGUUCCUGGAACAGAAAAACAAGUUGUUGGAGACCAAGUGGAACUUCAUGCAGCAGCAGAGGUGCUGCCAGAGCAACCUGGAGCCCCUCUUUGAGGGUUACAUCUGUACCCUGCGGCGACAGCUGGACUGCGUGUCUGGGGAGCGUGGGAGGCUAGAGGCAGAGCUCUGUAGUCUCCAGGAUGCACUGGAGGGCUACAAGAAAAAGUAUGAAGAGGAACUCUCCCUGCGCCCCUGUGCUGAGAACGAGUUUGUCACCUUGAAGAAGGAUGUGGACACAGCCUUCCUGGUGAAGGCGGACCUGGAGACCAACGUGGAGGCUCUAGAACAUGAGAUCAACUUCCUGAAAGCCCUGUUUGAAGAGGAGACUGCCCUGUUGCAGUCUCAGAUCUCCGAGACCUCGGUCAUCGUGAAGAUGGACAACAGCAGAGACCUGGAUGUGGAUGGCAUCAUUGCUGAGAUCAAGGCCCAGUAUGAUGACAUCGCCAGCCGCAGCAAAGCUGAAGCAGAGGCCUGGUACCAGUGCCGGUAUGAGGAGCUGAGGCUGACAGCCGGGGACCAUUGUGACACCCUCCGCAACCGUAAGAACGAGAUCCUGGAAAUGAACAAGCUGAUUCAACGGCUGCAGCAAGACAUUGAGACAGUCAAAGCACAGCGCUGCAAACUCGAGGGGGCUAUUACUCAAGCAGAGCAGCAAGGUGAGGCAGCCCUCAACGACGCCAAGUGCAAGCUGGCCGGGCUGGAGGAGGCCCUGCAGAAGGCCAAGCAGGACAUGGCCUGCCUGCUGAAGGAGUACCAGGAGGUGAUGAACUCCAAACUGGGCCUGGACAUCGAGAUCGCCACCUACAGGCGCCUGCUGGAGGGCGAGGAGCACAGGCUGUGUGAAGGCGUUGGGCCCGUGAAUAUCUCCGUGAGCAGCUCCAAAGGUGCCGUCCUAUAUGAGCCAUGUGUGGUCAGCACACCCAUGCUGAGAACCGAGUAUUGCCCAGGGACCACCGGCGUCCUCAGGAGCAGUGGGGGCUGCAGCGUGGUGGGCACUGGUGAACUCUACAUUCCCUGCGAGCCCCAGGGACGCCUAGGCUGUGGGAGUGGGCGGAGCUCCAGCAUGAAGCUGGGGACCGGGGGGAGCUCCUGUGGCCACUAGUGUUAGCAUUACCCCAGAGGUUGGGAAUCCAGGACCAGAGUCCUGGAUAUCACACUCCCACAGGGCUGAAGACCAGGAUAUUCCAAAACCCUACCUUCUCACACUGACUCCAGAUUCCCCUGGGAUCCCCACUGAAAGCUGAGCUAUUCC